AAAAAGCAGUUCAAUUGGCCUUGUUUUGGCGCUGUUCAUCUUCUGAGCAUUCUUCUCUCCUCUCUCAAGACAUCCAUCAGACUUUCAAGGUGUUAGGCCAUUGAAAUGUCUGCCUACACUCAUGCCCGUAUGCCAGCCCCGUCCGCUCAGCAGCCCGUUCACCGUCGUCAUCCGUUCACGAACGCAAACGUUCUCAACCAGCCUCACCCGGCACCGUCUCCCGUAAAGCUACAAGAGAAACCCAAGGCAACUCCAGCCGACCCGCCUCUGCCCAGGCAGAACAGCAAGACUACCCCUCCCUCGCCCCCCAGACUAAUCGUCGACCAGAAUCGACAAGUUCAAUACUACCGCGUGGGGUUCCUCGGAGAAGGAGGAUUCGCACGAGUUUAUGAGGUGGCAGACGGUCGUCACGCUGCCGCACAACACCUUGCUUGCAAGGUCGUUACCAAAUCAUCUUUGAAAACGAAGAAAGCCAAGACCAAGCUCUAUGCAGAAAUUAAGAUCCAUCGUUCACUCGCUCAUCCUAACAUUGUGCGUUUCCAGGAAUGUUUUGAGGAUGACGAGAACGUCUACAUGACACUUGAGCUUUGCACCAGCGGAUCAUUGAUGGACAUGCUCCGUCGCCGUCGCCGUUUCAGCGAGUGUGAGGCCCGAUUCUUCCUCGUACAACUCAUCGGUGCAUGCCACUACAUGCACUCCCACCAGGUCAUACAUCGUGACCUUAAGCUCGGGAAUUUAUUCCUCGACGCAAACAUGAACAUCAAGGUCGGCGACUUUGGUCUUGCUGCCUUGAUUGAGAACCCCGGCGAACGGAAGAAAACUAUUUGUGGAACCCCAAACUACAUCGCCCCUGAAGUGUUGUUUGACACUGCGAAUGGGCACAGCUUCGAGGUUGACACUUGGUCGAUCGGCGUUAUCUUGUAUACGCUUGUUAUUGGACGUCCUCCCUUCCAAACCAAGGACGUCAAGGAGAUUUAUACACGAAUCCGCGACAACGACUGCAUCACGUCUAUUUUAACACCCGACCCGUCAAAACGUCCCUCUCUACUUGAAAUCCUUAAAUCACCCUUCAUCGACUAUGGUAUUGUCCCACCAUUUAUUCCCGUCUCCGCACACGACGCGCCCCCUGACUUCCGAUACCUCACGCGCCCAAUGUCGUUGAAAGCUGUGUGGCUGGAUGACGACCAUAUUUCGACCAUAGCUGUUCCGUCUGCUCCAGAAGAGAAGGCGAAGAAUCCGAUUACGUCGACCAUCGCUCAGCAAGAGAAGGAGUUCCAGAAGGCUGUUCAGCCUGGCAGUCCUAUCUCUGCAUUGCUUAGCUCUGCCCGGCAACCGUUGGUUAUGUCCACAAACGGAGCCAAGGAGUCACCUCUAUUCAGGAAGCUGCAGGCAGUGAAGGACGCGAAAUCGCCUCUACGGAACGUGCGCACAGCACAGGGGACUGAUGCACCUCGAGGAACUCGGGAGAAACAUCACGAUCAGCAGAGACAGAAGGAGCUCGAAUCGCAGAAGGCGAGGAUUGUAGCCCAGAUGGCUCCGGUUGCUGGACUUGGCGUACCCCGCCCCGAUGAAGACCAAGAGAAUCUGCCUCCUACUCGCAAGGAACCGAAGGGCAAGGAGCCGAUGCGCGGAGAGCGCAAGGAAACUCUGGUACAUCACGAUGUGCACGUGGAAUCUCCUCAAGCUGCGGGCAAGCUGUUCCGCGAUCCCCGUGAUGAUACUACCGUUCCCGAUGAGCGCGUUUUCAUAGUGUCUUGGGUGGAUUACUGCAAUAAGUACGGGAUGGGUUACGCCCUGACUGAUGGGUCUGUUGGCGUACACUUCAAUGACAGCACGACCCUUAUCCUCUCGGCGGAUAAGCAUCACUUCGACUACAUCUCAUCUCGACGCCAGGGAACUGUCUACGUUAGGAAGAACUAUUCUGUGACCGAGUUUCCUGAAGACCUGAAGAACAAGGUGUACCUCCUCAAACAUUUUGAGCGCUACAUCAUGGAUCGCCUGUACGGCGACUACGAGUACACCUUCGAAGACCAUGACCGUACCAAGGGAAUGGAUUUCGUACAGAAGUAUCUGCGUAUGAAGCACGUUAUCGUGUUCAAGAUGAGUCAUGACGUCCUUCAGUUCAACUUUUACGAUCACUCAAAAGUCAUCCUCUCCUCUCAUGGUUUACUAGUGACGCACAUCGAUAAGAACUACAAGAUCGCGCGAUUCACGCUCAGCGAGAUCAUGGCAAUAUCUUUACGACCUCCCGUUGCAGAUCCCGAGCAGGCCAAGUUCAACCAGCGGCUCGUGGAUAAACUCAAGUACUGCAAGGAGGUACUCACGUCCAUCCGUAACGCGAGCGCCAACCAAGCUGCGACUGAUGAUGACGCGGGGAUGGGUGGAGGGCUGGUUAGCACGAAGACGUCCAAGGCAUCGCUACGUUGAUUCGUGUGAUGAUGUACGUGUACACUGUUGCAUAGACUGCUGUCGGUGGCGUUAGGCCUCCGUAGUUGUUUCUUUUUUUCAUUUCUUUGUUCGGAUUCUGUGUCUGCUCACUAUAACCAUACCAACCAAAUUUUCGCUCUCGUAGGCAUCAGUACCAUGUUAUGAGUUCUCUUUAGUUCUCGUGAGAGCAUAGGCUCUCUCUGUUCAGGCAUAUGCGCCUUUUGCAUAUUUUCCGCUCUCGUAACUUGUCGUUCUCGAUAUCAAGCAUUUUGCAUAUAUAUGCGGCUCGUAUGGCAUUAUGUAUUUCCACCAGUCUAUAUCGGACAAGCAAGAUAAUGCAUGAAUCAUAAUGGGAUGGCUGCACCCAGGGGCUGUCCAAUUUUAGACGCCGU